AUGAGAAACUUUGCUGCAUACAUAACUUGGCCUUCAAAUAAUAUCACCAAAAUCGUCAAAGAUGCAUUGCACGAGAUAGGCGGCCCAGAAACGAUAUCCAACAAACCUCCAGAAGAGAACACUGACCCUGGCCUACUGCUUCAAUGGUCGACUUACGAUUCGCUAGUUCACUCGCUGACACUUGAAUACCCUAACAACGUUCUUGCUUCAUCUUACAAUAUAAGAAAAGCGCUAAUACGAAAGCAUUUCUUGUAUCAAACUAUCACCAAUUAUCUUGCUAAAACACCUGAAUCUAUUCUUCGCAAAGCCAUACCUCAAACAUGGCCGAUCGAUAUAUCUUUUGCUGAUGAGCUUGAGGAUGCUUGGGCGGAUGAGCUAUGGGAUCUUUCCGUAGAAUUAGAAAAGGGUGAAAAAUACUUUAUUUUGAAACCAGGGAUGGCCGAUAGGGGACAGGGUAUUCGAAUAUUCAAUAGUCGCGAAAGUUUGCAUAGUAUAUUUGAGUCAUUUGAAGACGAUAGUUCAGACGAAGAAAGCACCGCGUUGGAUGAGGAUACUCACGGCAACUCGAAAACCGCUGUCAUAACAUCUCAGCUUCGGCACUUUGUCAUCCAAGAAUAUUUAGAUAACCCCCUAUUGAUAGAUCCAAUGCAGGCAAAACUGGGUCCAUUGGCUUCUUCACCAUCCAAGGAUUCACUUGAGGGCCGCAAGGCGACUUCGGGUGCCUUGAAAGUCUUUAUGAGCUCAAAUACCCUUGCGCUAUUCGCUGGUAGCGCAUAUGCUUCACCUUCCUGUAAACCCGGAGACUCGCCGAAUGACAUGGAUCUAUCCGCGCACCUCACCAACACAGCACUCCAGGAUAGCGUAGACGAAUCAAGCGUUCGGUUACUCAAGGAACUAAUCGGGUGUGAUAUUUUAUCUGCGCAGGGAAUAGGCACAACGUUCUCCUUGGAAGACGUUCAGGGUAUUGAAGACCAAGUAUCUGAGAUCCUUGCUGAAACAUUCAAAGCAGCCCUAGCUAGUGCAAUUCACUUUCAGGUGCUACCCAACGCAUUCGAAUUGUUUGGGGUGGAUUUCUUGGUGACACAUGCCACCAAACUUGAUUCCGAAUCUUCUAAAUUUCAAGUCCAUUUACUUGAGGUCAAUGCCGAACCUGCUAUCGAGCUUACUGGUGAACGCCUCAAUUGGAUUUUGGUAGAUCUGUUCAAAGGAAUCGCUCACGCGUGCGUGAAGCCGUUCUUUGCAUCUGCUAAACCGGUUUCGGACCAGGACGAAGAGCCUAACCAGUGGCUGAGAAAGUGCCUAGACAUUGAAACAAGAAAAUACUAG